AUGUCCCCAGGAGUGUGGAGUGUCCUAGCCAUGCUAUUUCUACUGGCCUGCCCUGUGCGGGGGAAGCCACUGCAGAACUGGGGCCGGGCGUCUACUGUGGGAAACCUGCACGGCAAAGUGGGAGAGCCAGGAGGUGGGCAUCAGGAGGGCGUCUUCAACCUGAAGAUGUUCCUGGAGAACAUGAAGGUAGAUUUCCUGCGCAGCCUCAACCUGAGUGGAGUCCCUUCCCAGGACAAAACCAGAGUGGAGCCACCUCAGUACAUGAUUGACCUCUAUAACAGGUACACCAGUGACAAGUCGUCCACUCCGGCCUCCAACAUCGUGCGAAGCUUCAGUGUGGAAGAUGCCAUCUCUACAGCUGCCACAGAGGACUCCCCCUUCCAGAAACACAUCCUGCUCUUCAACAUCUCCAUUCCCAGGCACGAGCAGAUUGCUAGGGCCGAGCUCCGUCUCUAUGUCUCCUGUCAAAAUCACAUGGACUCCUCUCAUGGUCUGGAAGGAAACAUGAUCAUUUAUGAUGUCCUGGAUGGAGAAGAUGCCUGGGGUGGUGCUUCAGGAACCAAGACCUUCCUGGUAUCCCAGGACAUUCAGAACGAGGGCUGGGAGACGUUGGAGGUCUCCAGUGCUGUGAAACGGUGGGUCAGAUCAGACUCCAUCAAAAGUAAAAAUAAGCUGGAAGUGACAGUGGAGCACCACAGGAAGGGCUGUGACACGCUGGAUAUCAGUGUCCCCCCAGGUUCAAAAAACCUGCCUUUCUUUGUUGUCUUCUCCAAUGACCGCAGCAAUGGGACCAAGGAGACCAGGCUGGAGCUCAGGGAGAUGAUUGGCCAUGAGCAGGACAGUGCGCUCAGGAAGACACCCAAGAAUAGCUAUGGGGGAGCAAAUGAGAGCCAUGAGUUGGAAGAGCAGGACAUGGAUAGCCACGCAGUUGUGGGGUCAUCUUUAGCCAGACAGAAGAGGAGCACUGGAGCCAGUAGCCAUUGUCAGAAGACCUCACUGAGGGUGAACUUCCAGGACAUUGGUUGGGACAGCUGGAUCAUUGCACCCAAGGAGUACGAAGCUUACGAGUGCAAAGGUGGCUGCUUCUUCCCGCUGGCUGAUGAUGUAACACCAACGAAACAUGCCAUUGUGCAAACCCUGGUGCAUCUCAAGUUCCCCACAAAGGUGGGCAAGGCUUGCUGUGUGCCCACCAAACUGAGCCCCAUCUCCAUCCUCUAUAAGGAUGACAUGGGGGUGCCCACCCUCAAGUAUCAUUAUGAGGGGAUGAGUGUAGCAGAGUGUGGGUGCAGGUAG